CGCCGUAAACACGGGAAACACCUCGAACCUUCUCUAACCCUAACCCUAGAAGGGCAGAGGAACCUCAUUUCUCUUCGAUCGGUUGCGAUCGAUCCUUCGCCGCCAUGGCGGGCGGGAACUUCCUCGGCAGAGUGGUCGGGUACCUCGUCAACGAGAUCGUCGUUGAGGGCCUCGCCAACAAUCGUGCAUUUCAAAGAUUUGCUGUGAGAACAUCAAAGCUCGUAGAGGAAAUGUCUUCUAAAGCUGCGCAGGUCAGGGAAGAACUAUCAGAGCAAUUGAAGGACGCUUCUAGAAACUUUGAUUCCUUCAAAAGACAAUGAUUUUCCUGGAAGAUCCGCAGUAUGUUGCCAUGGUCUACACUGAUCUGCUAGUUGAUUCUGCAGUAGAAGCUACUUAAAACAUGUUUAUUCCUGUCUAUACAUGUAUCUUUCCAGCAACUAUGUUAUCUAAAACAUAGUCUCUACUUGAUGCUGGGUCUGUAAAUAUUCCUUAAUUUUCCUGUGCUGACACAUCUCAGUAAAAAGUUGUUGCACUGCUAUCACCGGAACUUGAAUUACUUGACGCCUGGAGAUUGUGCCUUAUAUUUUCAAUAUUUAUUCGUACAGAGUGUGGAGGUUGCCUUUUCCGAUA